AUGGCAAGUCACAAUGAUUCUAUUAAUUUGAGCCCUCACGUCAAAGAAAACAUGAAAGAAGAUUUUCUUUAUCAGAAAUCAGGUUUAGUAGAGGACUUCGGUAGAAUUGUGCUGUCGACGAAAGAACAGAGUAUUCAGCUGGAUAAGGAAGACCUGGAUGAAACCAUUCUGAAGAAUAUUCUGUACUGUUACAAGUUUUUGGAUACCACAGACAAGGAGUACGUAAAUUCCGCCGAAGCAGAAGUUUACAUAAGGCACAUCAAGGACGAAAACCCGCAGCUUUUUGAAUUACUGUUAGAUGUUCUUCAGGUAGCGUCAGAAUUCAGUGCGAACGACACGAAUAUCGCAAAAAACCUGUUCAUCAACAGGCUGAAGAGCCACAUUAAGAACCUGAAGCCUGACGACAAGUCGCCCUUCUGCACCUUGAAGAGCACUAACAACGCGAUUUCGGACUACUUUAGGAACAUGGACUCCAACACCCGUAGCUCGGUGUCGGAAACUGUUUUCGAGCCUGCUCCCGUCAAACCCGGGUCCAUGAAAACCGGUAACAACCCUUCCAUUGGUGACACGUAUAUGAACAAGGUCCUUUCCAAGAUUACCCAAGAUUCAAAGGAAACGGUGUUUAAUAUGAAUUCAUCACGUAACACGAGUGAAACCAAAGACCUUUCCGUUAACCAGAAUGCUGUAGAUGAGUUCAACGCCAGUAUUGAUAGUAAUUCUACGAACUCUUCUGUUCAACCUCAAGCUGGUUCCGCCAAUACGCCGUCGAACAAGUUUGAGAACGUUAACAAGUUUGAGAGCGUCGGUGAGAUGGAAAAGGUCCUAGAUUCCAACUCGAAUGUCAACGAAUACGUGGUUUUUAAUUACAACACUGACUUGGACUGGCAAUAUACCCUCCGUGACCAAAUUGAUUUAAUUUUCAACAUUUAG